AUGUCCAGGAGUGGGUGGUCCAGGUGUUCAAGACCAGGGACACACCUGGGCCAAAGUGAGCCUCCCCAGGGUCGAGGCAUCCAUGUAUUCCUCUUCUGGACAAAGGAUGGGGAAAAAUAUUUGUCCCAUACAAGUGGAGAUGUAACAGCAGAGGAGCUGUGCAUCUCAGCCGCAGAGGCUGUAGGUGAGACUGACAGCCUUGUCCGACAGACUCAUGCACUGUGAAAGAAAUCUUAGUUUGAAUGUCUUUUAAUUUGGCAUUAUGGCUUGCUUAUGACCUGUGUGUAACCUCAGUGUUCAUUCCAUAGGGAUAACUCCUCUAUGCCAUGUGUUAUUCGCUCUGUAUAAUCCACACUCCCGCUGCUGGUACAGUCCGAAUCACAUUUUCAGUUCAGAGGACAACACCAACCUAGUGCUUCAUUUCUGUAUGAGGUAGGUCCGUCUUUUAGCAGCACUAGAUGCUUUAGUGUUUUCCCCUCAAACUUAAUAAAAGAGAAUAAAAAUAUCUCAAAAUACAACACCCCCAGAAGUUGCUAGGGAACCAGUCCCACCACAGAAACAUGUCUCUCUCAUCCUCAUCUGGACAUGAAUGAUGUUUUAUCUGGUUGCUUUGACAUUUAAAACAAGUAAACAAACUGACAGCAACAGUGUUACAGCACCAGUUGCUCAUAUUUAAAAAAUAAUUCAUUUACCUGCUCACUCUGCUUGCUUAGAUAUGUAGAUUUACAGUUUUCCUUUGGCACGUAAUACCCUUAAAACCAAACUUUUUAUAAGUAGUGUAGGCUGUUUCAAGAAACAGUAGUAAUCAAAGUGGUUGGCACUUCUUAUAUAUUAAGGAACCAAAAUAACUAUCAUUAAGAUAUCUUUAUUUUGAAUAUCUAGUUACAGUUUAGCACUCCAGCAUGUAUUAGUAAGUCUGUUUUUCUUGUGCCUAGGUUUUACUUUCGAAAUUGGCAUGGACUGAACGCGAAGGAGCCUACUGUAUCCCGUUGUGUCCUUAAAUCUGGAACAGAUCAGGGGGGAUCUCCACUGCUUGAAUUCACAUCCUUGGAGUACUUAUUCUCCCAGGUUGUGUUUAUAAUUACAUAUUAAAUCGUCUGUGUAUUUAUUGAGUGCAUGCAACAGUUUAGUACUGAACCUGGCUGCUUUUUCUUGUGUCUUUUCGAAAGGCUAAAUAUGAGUUUGUGAACGAGCUAGUGCCGAUGGAAGAUGUUCAGUCAGAGGAAGAACUAAGCCGCUUCAAGAACGAGAGUCUGGGGAUGGCUGUACUUCACCUUUCACACCAGGCGAUGCAAACAGGACAGAGCUUACAAGAAGUUGCAAAGAAAAACAGGUAGGAGUUUUAGUGCAUUCUUUUUUAUUUUUUUUAUAAUCAAACCUUAUUGCUUGACUCUGUUUAACUCUAAAAUACUGUUUUUUUCCAGCUUUCUCCGCUGCAUCCCACGGUCUUUUGCAAAACACAUAUCAAAAGACAACUUCUUGACAAAAAUCAGAAUCCGACGGGUGUUUUCUGAGUUCGUGCAGACCUUCCAGCAGCACACUGUGGAUAAGGGCCGUUUGGGUGCCCAAGAGAUCAUGUAUAAGUACAUUUCUACCCUGGAACACUUGGCCUCGCAGUUUGGCACAGAGACUUUCCCUGUCUGCAACCUGGAAAUGAGAGAGGAGGAAGAUGGAAGUAGCUCUUAUUCCAACACCACCAAUGCACAGGGAAUUGCAAAAGACAACUUUAUAGCCCCCAUCACACAUGAAAUAAAGGUAUCCGGCAUCAAGGGGAUACAGUGGAGGAGAGUGACUGGCCAGAAGGUUUGUCAAAAAGCACUUUUGAUUUUCUCAUGGUUUAAUUUAAUGCCAUGCUAUGUGUGCUUGUUGUGUAGUGAUUUAUUCAACUCUUUCUUUAUACUUAGGCACAGGCAAACUCUUACCUACGGACCGACUCUGCCAUCAACACGAGGAGAACAAAUCAACAGUCCAGCCAACAGAACGCAAACACUGCCGAUGAAUUAACGUCUUUUUGCAACUUCCCAGAAAUAACUCACAUAGCCAUAGCCGGAGCUAAUGUGUGCAUUAGCACUCAGGAUAACCACUGCUUGGUGAGAGUGCUUGUUUAUGUUUUUAUGUAAAAGCCUCAGUGCAUUAAUAUGAUUGGUUAAUGUGCUUGUGGUGGAUCAGGGCGAUUGAUAUACUGUAUAUCAGUCCUUCCAUCAUCUUCUAAGAGACUCAUUAUACUGUAUAGUAUGCGUGUAUCAUAGAUUCGCAUAUAUUCUCACAUUCUACAUGCUAAUCAGUAUAGAGGCUUUUGCUUUUGGUUAGCUUAGGGCAUUUUAUUAUGUUUUGAAUUUGUAUGCGUCUGUAGGUGGGAGUUCUGAUUGUAAGCUAGUGGUGCUUCUGUGUGUGUGUGUGUAUAUGUAGGAGGUUCAGAUGAACUCCAGCCAAGAGGCCCGCUCCUUCAUCUCCCUCCUAGAUGGAUACUACCGGCUGACUGCAGACGCCCACCACUAUCUUUGUCAUGAAGUUGCUCCCCCAAGGGUAGUGCUGAGUGAAGCAAAUGGACUGCACGGACCUCUACAGUGAGUUUUCUUCUCUCGCACUCGCACAUACAGGCUAAGGAACGCAAUGUGUUGUUAUAUCACGUCUCUGUUGUGUUUCCAGUGAUGAUUUUGUUCUGCUGAAGCUGAAAAAGGAGGCAGCAGAGGAGGGAGCCUUCCUCGUACGUUGGAGUGCUCUCGACUAUCGACGCAUCAUCCUAGCUGUCCUGAACAGAAAUGAGGUAAAUAACACCCACGCUACUCUCGGGAAAGUGUUGCAGUGCAGGCAUGUUGAAAUUUUUAGCAACUGCUUCUGUUUAUAUUUACUUUCUGCUCACAGAAUGGAUCUACGCCAAGCCUCAAGCAGUUUAGGAUUCAGCUUAAGGGUUCAAUGUUCUGUCUGGAGGGCUGGGACAGAGAAUUCUCCAGUUUGAAGGAGCUCACAGAGAGCCUCAAAACCUUUGUCCUCAAGUCUGGUUCCGACAGCUAUAUGGUCAAGAAAUGCUGUUUUCCAAGACAAGCAGGUAAAACUCUUUAAUUCCAGACAUGUUGUGGUGCUUUGUUGUGAAAUAUUCAGGUGCCAACAUGCAUUUCUCUGUGAUUUAGAACGGUCCAACCUCCUGGUGGUGAGGGAAGGUGUUGAUCACGGUGUUCGCAGCAACUCCUUCUCCCUGAACAUGACCCAGCUGCGCUUCCAUCAGAUCAAGGAAGGAGACUUUGUGCAGGUAAAGAGAUACGCUUGCAGUUGAUCAAGCAUCCUGUCGUUUUCUCUGUGACCAACCAGUCAGCUUUGUGUUUUUAAACAGCAACAGCAUUUAGGCCGUGGAACCAGAACCAACAUUUACGUAGGGCGUUUGAUGGUGCGUGGAGGAGGAGAAGACGAUGAGAGCGACGAGUGUAAUAACAACUCUUCUGAUCACAAAGGGAUACGAGUGGUGCUGAAGAUUCUGGACCAAAGUCAUAGAGACAUCGCACUGGUAAGUUUUGGCAUUUUUUUUGUAUUUGUAAAAAGCAGAGAAGGGGACUCGAGUUUGAGACUUGGACUUUAGUCUCAUACUUACAGGGGAUAGUCAGAGUUGUUGUUUUUAGUUGAAAUCAGAGGAGCCAUGAGUGGGACCUGCUGCUGCCUGCAAAGACUUGAGCUUUGUACCCAUCUUCUAACAAUGACAGUGGUGGUAACUUAAAGCAGAGCAAGCAGAGCAGAUAUUAACAUGUCUACUGCUACUCAUGUAUUUGAACUGUGCUUACAUUGUAUCCCUUCUUCUUGUGUUUUUAAGGCAUUUUUUGAAACUGCAAGUCUCAUGAGCCAGGUGUCCCACUGUCACCUGGUGUUUGUACAUGGUGUGUCAGUCAAAGGAUCUGAAAGUAAGCGCUUAAACUUCCUCAUUCGGUACUUCUCCAUCUCUAACAUAAACAGUAUUUAUAGUAGGACUUCUGACUGUGGCAUCAAAGGAGACGCAGCACAAAUCCAAAACCACAUUUCCUCUUUUCUGUUUUGGAUGCUGAAUGUUUACGCCUGAUUUAUUGUCUGAUUUGGUUCUGUAUUUGCUUUAUAGACAUCAUGGUGGAAGAAUUCGUGGAGUUUGGGCCUUUGGAUGUGUUCUUGCGCAAGGAAAAAGCAUCAGUGACUCCAAAGUGGAAAUUCAUCGUUGCCAUACAGCUUGCCACUGCUCUCAGUUAUCUUGUGAGUUCAUGCACUGAGCUUAAUCUUUGUGUAAUAUCACAGCUUAGUCUUUCAAGUGAAGUGGUACUUAAGUAAUUUGAGAGCAAUACAAUCUAUGUUUAUUCUUUGUAGAUACGUUCACUUAGAAGUUAGCUGACUACAGCAGCAGAUAGGUGAAACUUUUCAAGAGCAGAUUUAGGUAGAGCAGUUUUUCCAGUCCGAGCUGCUGAAUGGAGCGUAAAAACUCCUAUUUUCCGAAUCAAACUCCAACUGACAUCUCUGAGUUAACAGCGUUAUCAUCUUCAUUGUAGGAGACCAAACGACUUGUCCAUGGAAACGUCUGCGCCAAGAACAUUCUGGUGGCGAGAAAGGGUCUGGAAGAAGGCACCACUCCUUUUAUCAAGCUGAGCGACCCAGGAGUCGUCAUGAGUGCCCUCACACGAGAAGGUCUGUCGAAAGCUUUCAGAGUCGAGCAGCUUUAGGUCUUUUGAUAUGUGUGUGUGGUUCGGCUUCGUUUUAAUCAGAUUUAGAAAACAGGAAAUUUCCUCUAGAACACGUCUCGUGACUUCCUGUUUUCUGACAGUGAGCAUCAGAAUAUGACUGUAGAGUCUGUUCAAAGAAUACUUCUGAAACUUCUCUGUCUUUUAACCUUCAUUGGUGGUUUUAGCUGGAGAUGAUGGACGUAACAUUAGAAUCCUUUUGCAGUUGCUUACAUCAAAUACACCAAAACAGAGGAGAUAUUACUGUGGUGAAGAUGUCUUUGAGCCCUAUCAAAACAAAUUCAGAGUUUGUGAUCUUCUAAAGAAUACCUGAAUAUUUCUUCUUUCUAGACGAGUGUGUUUAGGUUCCUGUUUUUACCUUAACAUGUUUCAACAACAAACUUCCUGCAGUCUGCAGCUGACAGACAGUGUUACAACAUCAGGUGACUCUUCUGAAAGGACUGUCGGAAGUUUUCAGUCGAAACAUGUCAAAGUAAAAAACAAAAACAAACCUUUUUAGACCAUUUCUAAAGCAGGUUUCAGAGUGUCUGAAAUUGACAACUCCAAACCAAAUUUUCUUUUGCCCUGUAGAGCGUUUGGAGCGUAUCCCGUGGAUUGCCCCAGAGUGUGUUGACAGCGGAACCCCCACUGGCAGCGCUUCAGACCAGUGGAGCUUCGGUGCCACGCUGCUUGAAAUCUGCAACAACGGCGACCUUCCCAUGAGUGGCAGCACAUUGUCGGAGGUAUGUGCUGAAUAUUUCCCUCAACAACCACAAUGUGUAGACCCGACAGUUUUCCUCGUUUGAUUAGAAUUUGAUCGCUGAAAUCUUUGUUCCUCAAACAGAAAGAGCGCUUUUAUCAGCAGAAGGGACGAUUAGCUGAACCAACCUCCCAGGAGCUGGCAAGCUUCAUCAGCAUGUGUCUGUCCUACGAGCCUGUGGAGAGGCCGUCUUUCCGCACGGUCCUCAGGGAGCUCACAGAUAUCAUGAUCAAAAGUGAGUUUUUACUCAUGCACAUUAUUAUUUCACUCUUUUCCACCAUCAAAGCAUUAAAUAUCAUGUUUUUGCUUGUGCACGCAGAACCUGAUAUACCUAUAAGUGAAACGCUUCCUGUACCUGACCCGAGCAUGUUCCACAAACGCUACUUGAAAAAGAUGCGGGUCCUAGGAGAGGUGAGAAUUAACAACACAUAACACGAGGAGUUUUCUGUAUUUUUUUACAAACAAGAGACUAAUCUAUUUCUCAUUGUUCUGUCUCUAGGGCCACUUUGGAAAGGUGACUUUGUACCUGUAUGACCCCAACAAUGAUGGGACAGGGGAGCGUGUGGCAGUGAAAGCUUUGAAACAAGAGAACGGCCAAGUGCCUGAUGGCUGGACGAAGGAGAUUGAGAUCCUGAAGUCUCUCUAUCACAGCAACAUUGUCAAGUACAAGGGCUGCUGCUAUGAACUGGGUGAGUCCCCUACUGUCAUCUGUUUGCUGAAAAUUGUGUUCAUUGACAAAUAAAGUGUCUGCAUUUGUAAAGAAGUUCUCGUUCAAUAUCCUUUUAACCUUCAGUACUCAGUGGAUGAUUCAGAGGAUGGAUUUUUGUUCCCUGCUGUUUCACUGUAGAUAUUGAAAAUCUAUUCCAAGUGCAGCUCUCUCUCAGUUGUUUGUCAAUAUUUUGGGCUUUCAACAGACAGCAUGCAGCUCGUCAAAGCAUGUUCAGCACUGAGGCGGACAAUAGGCCACUGUUACCUUUUAAAAAAUGGUGGAAAUAAGAGGAUUAAACCCUUUUGCGCUCUCUUGACAGGAGGACAAGUGGUGCAGCUCAUAAUGGAGUACCUCCCUCUGGGGAGUCUGCGAGAGUAUCUUCUCAAACGUAAACUGGGUGUGCCUCAUUGCCUCAUGUUCGCUCAGCAGAUCUGUCAGGUGAGUUUGGUUUGUGUUCAUCAGAAUCAGAAUCAGAAUGCCUUUUAUUGUCAUUAUACGCAGUACAAUGAGAUUAAAGCCACCCAAAUCAGUGCAAGACAUUGGAAAAAAGAUAUAUAGAAAAUAUGAAACGAGAUUAAUAUGAAGUAUAUACAAUGUAAACAUGUGGACCUGAGAUUCUUUUAACAGGAUAAAUAUGGUACGGAUAUGGAUAAAUGUAAUAUGUAACAGUAUAAAAUAUACAGUCCUGAGAUCCUAUUAACAGAGUAAAUAUGGUAAAUAUCCAAUAGCAUAAAUGUAAUGUGCAGAUGAAUGUAUAUUGUCCAUCAGUGAUUUGGAAUAUUGCACAUGUUUAGGUAUAUAGAAAUAGAAAUAUGACACAAAUAUUCCCCCUGAUUUAACUAUAUUUCUUGAUUCCAGUGUUGUUCAGUUUUGCUUUAGUAAAUGACAAACACAUAUAUGUAAAAAUACUUUUAGUGGCAUGUAAGGUUUUAAUUUUUAGCACAGAUUUACUGUGUUUUUAUUGAGUUGUCUGAUUGCACUUGAAAAUAUUCUCCACUCGAUACAUUUUCUGCUACAACACUUGUAUUUUUGCAUCUUUUUUAAGUCAGCAAAAACAUUUUAACUACCCCUGAAGAUCUAAAACUUCACAUUCUCAUUAAAGUAUUAUUUAGAAUAUCUGUGUCUGAGCAGGUUUCUGUUGUUUCUUCUAAAGGGAAUGCAUUACUUGCACACACAACGAUACAUCCAUCGAGACUUGGCAGCUCGCAACGUCCUGGUUGAAAAUGAAACCUUGGUGAAGAUCGGAGACUUUGGCCUGACCAAAUACAUCCCUGAAGGUGAAAUCUACUAUCGUGUCCGUGAGGAUGGGGACAGUCCAGUGUUUUGGUGAGUUUAUGGUUGGUGUUAUGCAGUGAUUUGCUCCAUGACUUAAGCGACUAACCUUCAUUUCUGUGCUGUGCAGGUAUGCCAUCGAGUGCUUGAAGGAGAGUAAAUUUUCUUUCUCCUCUGAUAUUUGGUCCUUCGGUGUAACACUGUAUGAGAUCCUGACCCACUGUGAUACCCGCCAAAGCCCACCGACGGUAUGUGAAAACUUCAAAUAACUUGAUCUGUUAUAAAUUGAAUAAUUUAAUAUACUGGUCUCAAUUCAAAAUGUCUCUCUGUUGUUUUAUUGUAGAAAUUCUCUGAAAUGAUGGAGGCGACGCAGGGACAGAUGACAGUGAUGGUUCUCAUCAAACUGUUGGAGAAACAGCGACGGUUACCUUGUCCCAAAGACUGCCCACUUGAGGUAACGUGACAUGACACGCAGUUUGAAUACAUAUAAAGAUUUUCAUCGCAAAAUGUGUGAUCUAACUUGUUGCUUGUUGUUUUCUUAUUGCGAACAGGUGAAGCCGAUAAUGGAGCAGUGUUGGGCUGCAGAUCCCACAACACGACCCACAUUCGAUGCCCUCAUCAAAAAGUUUGAGGUUAUUCGCCAAAAAUAUGACUUGCAGUCAAACAUAAACUUCUCUUUGGCUCAGAUUUGCUGA